AUGUUGCCUGCCAGGCAGUGCGUGUAUAUGAUUUACAUUUUCAUAAAUUAUUAAUUCGCUGUCAUGCCAGCGCAUUUGUAUGUGACAUAAGUGUACUAGAUUACCGUGGCAUUGGUCGAACCGUGCACUAAAAAGCCAGUAGUGCACGGGGAAUCUACAACCCUAGCCCAGCCCACACACACACUGAUGUGCACACGGUGAGGCGAGUCAUCGAGCAGCAUCUGCAUGUCGGAGGGGGACUGUCUGUCGCCGUGGUGACAGUGAUGUCAUCAAUUGAAUCUGGGAUGCUGAUGAUGCCGGUGGGAUGAUGCCGAUGAUAUUGGGGUUCGGUGGGCCGUGUGGCGGUGUUCAUAUCGCCAGUGUGGAGUCCACGCAUCUCAUAUGCCGCACAGACAUGUUACAUUGUGCAGAUAUGGUGUAGGUUUCUCCCAUCUGUGUGCUGUCUUGGAUGAGUAUACGUCAAGCAUGCUGGUGGUGCACAUGUAAGCACUACUGUGUCUGUACAUGUACAUCAAACAGUCUGAAUUUGGAUUUCUGCAGAGGAUGAUAUACUCGUAGGAUUCUACAUAUGUUGACUGCUACCUCGCACCUUGUCACUGGCACUGUUGGUUGAGUUCUAGAUCAGUGGACAGGACUCGCAUCUUCUAGGUCAUCCGCGAGUGUCAGCCUUGGAUCUCAAGCAAUGAACACUUGUUUUUCUGUUUACCGAUACUGUAAUAACAUAACACCACCUUGGCUCAUCUAUGGGGGCGUUAAAACAGUGCGCUGGGGAAACCUGUGAGGACGUGUGUCGUACUUUUAAGGGACAUAGAUGAAAAGUGAUUGUGUUGAGCAAUAGAAUGCCAACUUGAGCAGCGGUGACUCGGUGCUGCGAUGUGUUUGACGUGGUAGAUGGCAGAAUCGUUACAUGUGUUUUCUGCAGAGUUGUGAUUGAUCGUGAGUCCUGAAAACAGCCAUGGCUGUGCUGGGGUUACUGUCCAGAGUGAUGGUUCCGACCAACGGGGGAUCGGCACUCCCUGCUCUGGUGAUGAUUGUUCUAAUGCAAGCAGGACCGACCGUCGAGCAAACUGCUGCCACAACUAUGUACGCUAACACCACGAUGCCGGUAGGUACCACUGCGGAGUCUGACACUCAGUGCAAAAGAGGGCUGAUUUUACCAGUGUGGGAGCCCCUGGACCCAGGAUUAGGAGACCAGGUUGCCCGGGCAAUCGUGUACUUUGCUGCACUGUGCUUCAUGUUCCUGGGUGUUUCCAUCAUUGCCGACCGUUUCAUGUCUGCCAUCGAAGUCAUCACGUCCAAAGAAAAGGAAGUGAUAGUCAAGAGACCAAACGGUGAAGUACUGACGGUCAGCGUACGGGUCUGGAACGAGACCGUCUCCAAUCUGACUCUGAUGGCUCUGGGGUCCUCCGCCCCUGAGAUUCUGCUCUCCAUUAUUGAAAUAUGUGGAAAUAAUUUUCAAGCAGGGAAACUGGGACCCAGUACUAUAGUCGGCAGUGCCGCCUUCAACCUCUUUGUAAUAAUCGCAGUUUGUGUGAGUGUCAUUCCUUCAGGUGAUGUCCGGCGCAUCAAGCAUCUGCGGGUCUUCAUGGUCACGGCAUCCGUCAGUUUGUUUGCUUACAUUUGGAUGUACAUGAUUUUGGAGUUUAUAACCCCAGGUGUGAUUGAUCUCUGGGAGGCCUUAGUUACGCUCGCGAUGUUUCCACUAACUGUGUUGUGGGCCUACGUGGCAGACAAGCGCAUUUUUUUUUACCGCUUCCUUCGCAAGAAGUACAAGGCGGAAAAAGUGGUCCGGCGAGACUCGAGCCUUCGCGCCGGUGCCGUUGAACUGGGCAUCCCUGGCGAGACCAAUGCCAACCACUUUAAUAUGAACCACGACCACGAAAAUGUAGACUUCCGUGGCAAGAAGAUGCUUGAUCCAUUGGAUAGUGAUGUAAAAGAUCUGGAGGAGACACGAAAGGAGACGGUUCGGUUGCUCCGAGAGCUUAGAGCCAAGCAUCCUGAUGCAGAUCUGCAGGCUCUGGAGCAGAUGGCUAAUUACGAAGCACUGAAUCAGCAGCAAAAGAGUAGAGCCUUCUACCGCAUCCAAGCUACGCGUAGGCUGUGUGGAGCUGGCAACAUCCUGAAGAAGACGCUGGAGAAGAACCGAGCCAGUAUCGCUGAGGUCAAGAUAGAGGUCCCCCAAGAGGACUCCUUUGCCCAUAUUUUCUUUGAGCCGGCGCAGUACACCGUCAUGGAGAAUGUGGGCAAUUUCAACAUCACGGUCACGCGGCAGGGUGGCAAUAUGACCAGCACCAUCUACGUUGACUACCGCACAGAAGAUGCCACGGCCAACGCUGGCUCUGACUACCAUUAUGCUGAGGGCACCCUCAUCUUCAAGCCAGGUGAGACGCAGAAAGACAUCUCCCUGACCAUCAUCGACGAUGACAUCUUUGAGGAAGACGAACACUUCGUCGUCCGCCUGAGCAACGUUCGAGUCGGUGGACCAGAUGGCAUGUUCCAGAGCAACCAGGAAGAACCUCAGGCUAAACUUGUAGAACCCUACGUCGCCACGGUUACCAUUCUGGAUGACGACCAUGCGGGGAUAUUCCAGUUUGAGGAGAAGGAGGUCAAAUCAUCGGAAUCGGUUGGCACCGCGCAGCUCAAAGUUGUCAGGUCAGCUGGAGCACGUGGCACAGUGCGCAUACCUUACCGUACCAUUGAGGGCUCGGCAAAGGGAAACGGCGUUGAUUAUAUAGACGUGGAAGGAGAGCUGGAGUUUGAGAAUGACGAAACCUGGUAAGUUUGAAUUAAAUUUGAAUUGUACAAACGUGGAAAGAAAGUAGGGGAUUUCUGAUUUUGUUUGCUAUUUUUCUUCAUAUCACUGAAAGCUUUCUUGGGGAGAUAAACAGCUCUAUUGAAUCGUAAAAUAGAACAUGCCCGAUGCAGUGGCGCUUCUAAAAUCAC